GCGAGCAAACAUCGGGAAAAAUCUCUGCUCAUAUAAUAUUAUAUGUUAUAUUAUUCAUUCAAUCGUAAUUUCGAGAAUAUUAAUCAUAAAGUUUAUGCCCAAAGUAUUGAGGUGAUUUCAAAUUGAUUAAAUCCGUAUAAACAUUGAUACGCGACUCGCAGUGCAUACGAUGAAUACUUGUGCUUUAUCUAUAACUUACUUAUAUCAGAAAACCAAAGUAUACUGAAAACAAUCCUGUGCGCUGUGGGUAUCACUGGCGCGCGUGCGAGUGGAACAAGGAAGGAAGCAUGCAGUAAUAUUAUAUAGGAGCGCUGCUGUCAAGUGAGUCAAGUCACCAAUUGAGUGUUCUAUACUUAUACUGUGCGUUGGAUACUUAGUAGGGUAUGCGUUGAAACUGUCGGAAAAACUACAAGUUUUGGUGAAAAACACCAAGAUGUUUGAGCCCACGGAGCAGGGGAAGGAUCUCUGUAUCCACACCGGGGUCGUACUUCGAGGGGCAAACACACGAGAAGAUGAAGUUCACAGUUCUGGGACGCUCAAUAUCGUUGAAUAUAGUUUUGGAAAAUGCAUCGAAUGGAAACCAAUUGAAGUAUCGGUAGUAUCUGAAAAUCAAGACCAGGAUCCAGAAUGGUCGCUUGUUGAUACACACACCAGCAGAACUAGAUCAUUAUCCGAAGGUCCUGACUCACUUGGUCGUAGAACUGUCAGAAUAUUGUUUUCAGAGCUCAAGUCAAUUCGCGUACAUCAUAGUGGUCAACAAUUAGUUUUCAUGCAGAAGGAUGGUACAACCUAUGUAGCUUUCUUUCAGCUAUUAAAUGCUGAAAGCUUCUUGAACUCUUUGAAAGGUUUUAUAAAGUUUGUCAAAUCAAAACAAGAUAGAUAUUUAUAUCUUGUUUUCGAUGAGGUUAGUUCAAAUCUGAAUAAAUCUUUUGCUGAGUUGGAUAUUUUUCAAGAAAAUACAUCUGAUUAUGUUUGGAAAUUUGUGAAAAAUUUACAUAACCAUCCGUAUGAAACAACAAUGGAAGCUUUUAGUAAACUAGCUGAUGUAUGGUUGUAUAAAGAACCAGUGAAACGUCCAGUAGAAGAGGCAGUGGCCGAUCUUUUAAAUCGGUCUCUUACAGUAAAUGUUCCUCAACCACCAGUAUCAGUUGGUUCUGGUGAAGAAUAUGAAGUGAUUGGCGAUCCUGGAUUGGGAAUACUAUUGCCACCAAGACCACCUUGUCCUAGAGGAGCUCCUUUGACACAAGAGCAAUGGGAUAAAUGUAAAGAUACAGAAGGUAGAGUUUUGAAUCCUGAAACAGUGCGAGAAAUAAUAUUUAGAGGGGGAAUAUCUCCUUCAUUACGUUAUGAAGUAUGGAAGUUUUUAUUAAAUUACUACCCAUGGAAUUCAACGAAUAUUGAAAGAGUAGAAUUAAGAAAAAAGAAGACUGAUGAAUAUUUUGCAAUGAAAUUACAAUGGAAGUCAAUGACAGCUGCCCAAGAAAAUAGAUUUUCUGAUUUUCGUGAUAGAAAAAGUUUAAUAGAAAAGGAUGUAAACAGAACAGAUAGAACCCAUGCCUACUACUCUGGAGAUAAUAAUCCACAUUUAGCACAGCUUUAUGAUAUUUUAAUGACUUAUGUGAUGUAUAAUUUUGAUUUGGGUUAUGUACAAGGCAUGAGUGACCUACUCAGUCCAAUAUUGUGCCUCAUGGAUCACGAAGUUGAUGCAUUUUGGUGUUUUGUUGGUUUUAUGGAUAAAGUGAGUACUAACUUUGAAAUGGAUCAAGCUGGAAUGAAAGCACAACUUUGUCAACUUCACAAUAUUUUAUUAGUCACUGAACCUCAAUUAGCUCAAUACUUGGAUAAGCAUGACUCAGGAAAUAUGUUUUUCUGCUUUCGAUGGCUUUUAGUGUUGUUUAAAAGAGAAUUUAAUACAGUAGACAUUAUGAAACUUUGGGAAAUUCUUUGGACAGAUUUACCUUGCAAGAAUUUUCAUUUACUAUUUUGUGCAGCGAUUCUGGAAACCGAAAAGUCAAUACUCAUGGAAAACCGUUAUGGUUUCACAGAAAUUCUUAAGCAUAUAAAUGAUCUGUCUCUACACAUUGAACUGCCUUGGACGCUUUCUAAGGCUGAGGGUAUUUAUCAUCAGUUAAUGGCAGUAGCUCCACAACUUCCUGAUAAUGUAAGAGUUGUUAUAGGACUUAAACCAUUAAAUAAAUCAUCAGAAAUAAGUGAUCAAGAAGAUGAAGACUCAAGCAAUGGAGCAAAUAAUGCAAAUGGAGAAAGCAAUUCAUCAUCAACUAAUACGGAUGAAGGUGGCAAUAUUAAGUUUGGAAAUAAUGAAGUAUCAUUUGAACGUAGUUUAAAUUUAUCUUAUAUGUGAGACAUACUCUGUUUGUUUUAUGUUAUAAAUCACAUCAAUUCAUUGUCAUAUAUCCAGCCACUACGAGCUGAGAAAAUUAUUUGUUUUUAAUGCAAGUAUUAAAAUCAUUCAUCAUCAUAAAAUUCAUUUACAUAAAAAAUGUAAUUAUAAAGUCGGAGCUUUAAUGACAAAAAUCAUAGAUUUGAGGUUAACAUAUUUUUACAAUUUAUGAAAUAUUUGUACAGUUUAUUUUUCUUAAGUUAUGUAUAAUACCUAACAAUCUAUAAAAUUAAUUUACGUUUAAAAAAAAUCACCACCAGGCUUAGUAUUUAUACUUUGUGGUGAAUGUAAUGAAUUUUUACUACAUAUUAUUUAACAGAUGAAGCUCAAAUUAUUGUGCAGUUUCAGACAUUAAAGUCAUGGUUACUUCGACGACAGAAGAUAUGAAUUGAAAAAUCAGCUCAAUUGUUUAAACAAUGAUUGCGCUUUAGUAUACAUACAUGAAAUUGCAUAUAAUAACUCUCAUUUAUACUCGAUUACUACUCAAAAAUAUUAGAUUUUAAUCCUGAAAUAUUUAUCAUAAUUUAGAUAUUAUUGUGUACAUUGAUAAAUACAACAUAUAAAAACUUGUGAAUUGGUGUAAGGAGUUAAGUCAAACAACUUUUGCAGUCUACUCGAAUGUGAUACACCGGUUGAUUCGCGUUGAGAGUAACUUUUUUAGAUUUGUAUAAAGAAUCUAAAUAAACUGUAUAUUUCUAAUAAAAGUUACCUAAU